AAUCUGUUAUAAAUGAUACUAUGUUGGAGCAGCGAAGGUUCAAAAGUGAAAAUCCUCAGAAAUUGUAUUCAUCUUGUGAUACUACCAAAGCUGUUACCAGUGUUAUUGCAAUUGAAGAUCGUACGAUAACCACUAGAGUAGAACCAAAUAUUCCAGAUGAAACUGGUGGGAUUACUACAGAAACACUUGAUGUGGAAUCACAGAAGUCUGGGAUUGCAAAUGCUUCUAUGGAAAUUGAAGUUCCUACAACCACUGGACAAGAACCCAUGAAUUCAGCUGAAUCAAUGGGGAUUACAGUAGAAACUCAUGAUGUGCAAUCACUGAAGUCUGUGACUGCUGAAACUUUUGAAGAUGCUAUGGAAGUUGAAGCUCCUACGACCACUGGAGUGGAAACAAAGAAUCCAGAUGGAAUAGAUGGGGUUGCUACAGAAAUUUAUGAUGUGCAAUCACAGAAGAGUAUGACUAAUAGUGAAGUGAAUGUUGUGCCACCUCAGGUCAAUUUAACAUUUUAUGCACUAGACAUUGGGUUGAGUUCUGCUUCAAAUACUGAUUCUGAAGUUCAAGUUCCCACUAAUUAUCAGGACAGUGAUAUUCCCGGUCCUCAUAGUGAGGAGGCUGAUAGUUGUAGAAGUGGUGAUAUACAAAGUGAUCUAAUGGAUGACGUUCUAACAGGUAAAGCAAAAAACUCUUUGCCUCUGGAUUCUGCCUUGGAUAAAAGUACUCCGGAAAUGGAUGAAUUGAGGGAAUCUGGAGAUGAUGCAGUUGUACUGGCAAAUCAAGUUCCUGUUCUGGAUUCUAAUGUUGAGAUGAUAGUAGCUUGUGAUUAUUCAGUUGCAAAUCAUGGGACAGCAGAGGUGAUAAUGGAUGAGCAAGAACAUGGGAAAACUGAUGGUGAAUUGAGCUAUCCAGCCUUGGUUCAAUCUGAAUCAGGGAAAUCCAAGGCAAAACGAAAAAAACCUCACCAGGUGAUAUUGCUUCCUCUCAAGCGAUUACUGCAUACUAAACCUUUUAAAAGGGCUCGGAAAAGUAAAAGGAGACAUAAGAUGGCAUAACUACGCAAUGAUUUCCAAUAUUAAUAUUUUUGGUGUUCGUCUUGUCGAACUAGGUGAGCAUAAUUUGUUGCAUAUUUAUCUUUCUUGAUCAUUUGGUAUCCAUUUAUGUUACUGAAUGUAAAUUUGUCAUCAGCCUCAAGGUCCCUUACUG